AUGCAGAUCGUGCAAAUCCAAGAUCGGCGCCUGGGCUUGCUGCACUACUUCUUCAUGCUUGUCAUUCUCGGCUACAUCGUCGGCUUCACCGUCCUGUGGCAAAUGAGGUACCUCAAGACCGAAGCGCCCGUGGGCUCCAUCCGCACGUCCCUCAUGAGCCCUCAAACGAAGGGCCUCACGCCCCCAGCUGCCGAGAACAUCACCUACUGCCUCCAGAACAGCGCCUCCACCAACGGCUAUCCGACAUUAGAGCACGGGGCGAUGUUCGUUACCACGCGCAUCACCAACACGUCCCAGGAUCUCAAGGACGGCUGCAGCCUGACGAACAACACGUGCAAGUACGUGCCCGUGUCGCCCCCGAACGACAUCUACAUCGCCGACAUCGAGGACUUCACGCUGCUGAUCGACCACGCCAUGUACACGAGCCAGCUGGGUAUCCAGGCCAACGGGCAGGAUCUCUCCGGCUCGCUGAUCGACUCCAACGGCGACAAGGUCACCAACCUGCCCGCAGGGGAUACCGUGGGCAUGAUCGGCAAGCAGGACAUCCUCCACAUGAGUGUCGUCCUCCGCGCUGCCGGCAUCGACUCCCUCGACACCCCCGGUUUCAAUGACCCCAAGAAGUCGAAGAGGGACGACGGGAUUGUGCUGCUCGUGUUCAUCACCUACAGCAACACGUACAGCUACAACACCAACAACAUCAAUUACGAGAUCACGGUCAAGGCCGUCAGCGACACCAAGUUCAAGAGCGAGCAGCCCAUCUACACCAAGAGCUACGAAAAGCGAGUAAUCUGGAACAGGCACGGAGUACGCCUGCUCUUCUUGACCGUGGGUUCCCUGGGCAAGUUCGACUUCCAGACCCUUCUCCUGACUUUCGUGUCCGGUAUCGGUCUGCUGGCCGUAUCGACCCUCAUCGUUGAUGUGAUUGCCGUGCGGUUGAUGCCCGGCAGACAGACCUACAAGAAGUACAAGUACCAGGAGACGCCCAUCACCGACCCCGCUGAGGCGACUGAGGUGUACGCGCGGCUUGACGGGUCGUGCGACAGCGACUACCACACCACGGUCAACCGAGCGUAG